GUCCAGCCGAGCGGCGUGUCGCUCUGCGCCGAGGGCCGUGGCUUCAGCGCCGUGGCCAGGCAGGCGGUGGCCGAGGCGCCCGUAAAGACGGGUACCAGCUACGAGGUGGGCCAGAAGCUCCAUGGAUGGACCUGCGUCCGGUCCGAGUAUGUCAAGGAGUUCAGCUGCAGUGGCUACCUCUUCCAGCAUGAUAAGACGGGUGCUGAGCUGAUGUCCAUGGUGCAGCCAGCGGAUGAGAACAAGACCUUCAGCGUGGUCUUCCGCACGCCUCCGGAGAACUCGAACGGUAUUGCCCAUGUCCUUGAGCACUCCGUGCUUUGCGGCAGCCGCAAGUACCCACUGAAGGAGCCGUUCGUGGAACUCAUGAAGUCGAGCCUCCAGACCUUCCUGAACGCUAUGACUUUCCCGGACCGAACCUGCUACCCAGUGGCCAGCUGCAAUCUCAAGGACUUCUACAACCUUAUCGAUGUCUAUCUGGAUGCUGUCUUCCAUCCCCGUGCCAUCAACGACCCCCGGGUGCUUGCCCAGGAGGGAUGGCACUAUGAGGUGGAGAAGAAGGAUGAGCCUUUGAAGUACAAGGGCGUCGUGUUCAAUGAGAUGAAGGGUGUCUACUCGAACCCAGAUGCCGCGCACGGUCGGCUGGCGAACAUGUCCAUGUUCCCGGACACGCAGUACGGCGUGGACUCCGGCGGUGACCCGAGGGAGAUCCCGAACCUGACCUUUGACUACUUCAAGAACUUCCAUGGCAAGUUCUACCACCCUUCCAACGCCAAGUUCUGGUUUUAUGGCGACGACCCGGCCGACGACCGCUUGGAGCUUUUGGACAAGUUCCUGUCCGAGUUCGACAAGAUCGAGGUUGACUCCAAGAUCGUGCCUCAGCCACUGUUCAAGGAACCGAAGACGGUGGUCGGCGAGUUUGCCGUGGGUGAGGACGAAGACAUCUCCAAGAAAACCAUGAUCAGACGAGGGAAGUGUGUGGUUGGCGACUCCACGGCACUUCCGUUCGAGAGCGCAUGCUUCGAUCGCUAUGUCUCGAACCUGGGAUGCUGCUGCACGUCGGAUCUGACGGCGAAGCUGUCUGAAGCACGGCGCGUGCUGAAACCAGGUGGUUUGGCAGCAAUGUCCAUGCGCAUCGCCGAGCAGGAAGGCGACACGUCCUUCGCGCUAACUGCCAGAACCCUGAAGCCGUUCGGAUAUCCGCCGCAGCCCGACAGAGAAGGCCUCCGCAUCGGCCUCGAUCUGGAGCUGCUCCGGGAGCGGCUGCGCUCUGCCGGCUUCGAGGACGUCAUCGCCUGGCGCAGCUGGGUGAGCGUUCCUUUACAGACGCUGGAUGAUUUCAUGCAGUGGAACCUCGGCCAGCCACCCGUCAGAAAGUUUCUGGAUGGGCUGAACGAGGAGCAGCGGGAACAGGCCUUGGCGGCCCUUCGCGGAGCGGCAGCGAAGCCGCUGGCCGAGGGCGCAGUACAGAUUGGCGUGGCUGUGGUUUCCGGUCGCGCUGGAAGCGCCCC